UUGUGCUUUAUCUCUUAUAAAACAAGCAAUGAAACUUGAUCGGCAGCAAGUUUCACACAUAACGUUAACCGUCAAAUAAUUUGGUGUAACAAUGAGCCAAUGCUAUCCUUUGGUUAGACCAAAUUAUUCGUAAAAUAAAAACAACACUAUUUGGGAUCAAGGAUCGGCUGCUACAUAGAUCCCGUAUUUACAAUACGAGCAUCAGUACAAGCGAAUAUGUUCGGAUAACAUAAAUAAACAGUAAUGUGUAUUUUGCUACAUUGUACUCGAUGCCUUAAAGACUCGGCAGCGAAAAAUGUUAUCGACGAUCUUCGACCGAUGACGACGUAAGCAAGCAGGGACAUCAUUGCAACAGUCAAAUGUCUUCAUUGUAAAUUAUCGGUCAGAGUUGCACAUAUUCUACACGAAAAAGUAAAUAUUGGCGUGCGUGAAAUUACGGUCGUGAUAAAAACUAAAUGCCGUUUUUCAGUUCCGCGUCUUGUUUCUGUCCGGUCAUGUGACACCGACGGAACAACACGACAUGUUACCAGCGGAUGAAAACAUCGUUAAAGUGUCUCAAAAUGAAGACAACGACAAAGCGCAGCUGAUUAAAGGAGCGGCCUUUCUCGGCACGGUGGCGUCUUUGGGACUCAUAGCGGGCUUCGGCUCCACUUUGGCUCUGGCAAAAAAGAAAAACCCAGACUGGUUCAACAAGGGUGUCACGGCGACGGCAGCACUUCCUGAGAGCGGCGCAGCGCUGGCACUGCGAGCUCUGGGCCGAGGAUCCAUGUACGCCUGGUGCGGCGUGGGCCUGCUCAGCUUUACCGUGUGGAAACUUCUGACUGUCCACAGCCUUUCUGAGUUCAGACAGAAGAUGGCAUCCUUCUUCCCACCUAUCCCAAAGUCAGACACUGCGUCAGGGUCUGACCUGCAGGACUUUGACUUGCUAUUCAAGUCAAAAUGACAGAGGAGCUAAAGUGAGCGUGUUGUAACGCGUCCCAGU